AUGGUGUACGAAAAGCCGUUUGAAGCUCUACAUUGGGAUCUCAUCCAUCAUGAGCCCUCUCUUGCCAAGACCCGAUACUUCUCACAUUCUGUUGAUCCAGUCACCAAAUAUCAGAUGGGAGAAGACAUCUCGGACAAGAAACAGACGCCGGCUUCGCUACUCGGCCAUAUCUCUUUUGUCAAAACGCAAUUCGGGUUAGACAUCCGGACUAUCCAUUCCGACAAUGAAACCGCUCUUGUCUCGACCAUCUCGUCCGAAGCCCAAGCUCGUGGAAUCAACUUCGAAACCGCACCCUCUCACCAGCCUGAACAGAACGGUUAUGCAGAAAGAUACGGAGCUCUCAUCACAAGCAUGGCCCGACAAUUGACUGAAGAUGCUGGUCUUCCACACUCUCUGUGGCACGAGGCCUCCAGGGCGGCCAUCUACAUCCAGAACCGCAUCCCUCACCACGCUCUCGACUGGAAGUCGCCCUCUGAGGUACUCGCAUCUCAUCUCGGAGAGAAAGCACCGCAUUGGCUUCAGCUUAAGCCAGACUUGUCGAACCUCCGUGUCUAUGGAUGUAAAGCAUUUGUCCGCACACACAACAUUCCCCGACUGGCAAAGCUAGCCCCUCGAGCUGAAAUUGGAUAUCUUGUUGGCUACGAAGCGUCUAACAUCUGGCGAAUCUGGAUUCCUGCCAAAAACCGAAUCAUCCGCGCAAGAGAUGUCGAAUUCGAUGAAACGAAGUUUUACAAAGGAGAAGAGGAACACUCUCCUAUCAAACUCUAUGAUGAUUCCUCUCAGCUAAUCUCAACCAUCGACGACUAUACUUCAUCCUGCAUAUUCGAUGACAUUGACAUCCCGGACCCAUCACAGACAGCUCAGGGGGGUGGUAUGGGACAAAUUGACCAGCCUGUUCCUGUUCCUGACGAGAAUCACACUGUUCCUGAUGAGAUUCACACAGCCGAAGAUCUUGUCGACCAGCCAGUUCCAGUUCCUGAAGAGACUCAGCCAGACCAAGAUCUUAUCCUUGGGGAUUUACCACUUUCUCCCCCACUUGAGCCAGAGGCAGAAUGUGUCUCUGAACCGCAAUCCGAGGUUGAUGACCUAUUCCCAACAUCACCUGUGCUCGGGAAGCGAUCCCGUUCCCCAUCUCCAUCUCCUGAGGAUGAAAAGCGACCCAGAAUCAAUCUUACAGCAUUUUACCAAGCUUUUUCGUCUAAUCAGAUUAUGCCCAAGAAACACAUGGUGUCUUCGAUUCCGCCACCUCCAGGUGAUUUUUCUCAAGUCAAGAGUCACCCUUUUCGACGUGAAUUCUUACAAGCCAUGGAUGUUGAGUUCAACAAACUUGUCCAGAUGGGUACCUUCGAACCCAUUCCUUCCUCACGCAUCCGAGAAUCCCAUGUUCGUGACUGUGGUGAUUUGAACCAGAAACAUUGCAUCAAACACCAAGUUCUUCCAUUGAAAUGGGCAUAUGACUACAAAUCCGAUGAGAAAGGUUUUGUGACCCGAUUCAAGGCCCGGCUCUGCGUGAGAGGAGAUUUGCAAGUCCCUGACUUCCAGGAUGCAAGGACUAGCACACUUGCUGCUAGGACAUUCAGAACCCUGAUUGCGAUUAUCACGACAUUUGAUCUGGAUACCUUUCAGAUGGAUGCAGUCAAUGCCUUCCUCAACAGCCGUCUCGACAAUGAGGUAUACUGCCAGUAUCCAGCUGGGAUUGGAUCAAACGGCAAACACUUACGCCUGAGGAGAGCACUAUAUGGUCUACGCAUUGCCGGGAAGCGAUGGGAAACAGACAUUCGAACAAUGCUCAUCUCCUUGGGAUUCAAGCCUUGUCCUGAAGACCCCUGUCUUUACUCUGAUGACAAGAUGAUCAUUAUGCUGUUUGUUGAUGACUUUCUGGCAGCAUACCAUCCAUCUGAAUCUGAGCAUGCCUUUCAUAUAAGGGAUCUCUUGGAGCAGCGGUAUGAGAUGAAACGCAGCGGCGAACUUACACAGUUCAUCGGCAUCCGCAUCACUCGCGACCGCGAAACCCGGCGAACGUGGAUCAGCCAGGGUGCUUACAUUGAAAAAAUCGCUACAAAGUUCAAUCUCCUUGAUCGACGAACUCCUCAUACACCUUUGCCAUCUGAUCUCUCGCAGGUUACCCGCCCUGCAGAGACCCCUCCUGAUCCGACGUUGGUCCAUCUAUACCAACAGAAAUGCGGAUCAACACUCUUUCCUGCUACUUGGACCAGGCCUGAUACUACAUUCGCAAAUCAAGUUCUGGCCCGUUCCCUCACUCGUUGCACUGACGCACAUCUCAAAGCCGUCGACCACCUCAUCUCAUACCUUCAUGGGACAAAGGACCUAGCUAUCUGCUUCGAUGGAAGGAAGCAGACUGUGGCCUUUACUGCUGCGUCGGAUGCGAGCUUUGCGGAUAACCCAGAUCGCAAGAGUUCAGAGGGGUUUAUCUUUUCAUUGUUUGGAGGACCAGUGGAGUGGAGAGCGCGCAAGCAGCGCACGAUUACGACAUCCACCACUGAAGCAGAGCUGUUAGCUCUGAGUCAUGCCGCCAGACAGUACUACUGGAUGAAGGCGACUCUUCAGACUGUCGACCUUCUUGUGAGCGAGAAUUCUAGCUUUCAGACCAAACUACGACAUGUUGACAUCCACCAACUCUGGAUACUACAAGAAGUCCAAGCGAAACGACUUCAAAUCCAAUGGAUCGACACUAACAACAUGCCUGCCGAUGGCCUGACAAAGGCGCUCACCAGACCCAAACAUGAUGCGUUUAUCCGACAACUUGGCAUGGAACAAAUCCCAUUCUCACCUGAUGUCUGA